GCAACUUGAUAGUGAACAUACUGGUGGUAUGUUCCAUUAUUACCUUGGUUGCUGGAUCUAGAUCCGUAUCUGAAAACAUGCUCUGUUUUGUCAGAUGUGCCUCCGCCUCUGGGGAUACUGGAUCUGCGGGCUGCUCCUCGCCCCCCUUGAAGUUGAUCUCUGCUAUCCUCUGGUUCAAUGGUGCGUCAGCGGCGUUGAUUCAAGUGGAUGAUAGAGGUUGCAGACCUUGUGGAUCGAAAAAUAUCGACCCGACACUUCCUGGUUCCCUUUCUCGUGGUGUAUUGGCAUCUACCAUGGUGGGGUUUGAUGUGCUGGGAGUCGACAAAGUGGGAUCUGUACAGCCGCUGUACAUAUAUGAAACUUCGGAGUUUGCAGGAGUGUGGUUCAUUAUGCUAAUGUGUCAAAUGCUGAUUAAAAGUGAUGAAUAAUAUGCAAAGAAUACUUAGAAAGGACACAAAUGAGGAUUCACAGUGGAACAGUUAUGUCCAAAGUUUUUGGAUAACCAUGAACAAGUUUGUGGAACAUAUGGUGCAGAAUUUGAAGGACUCCCUGAAGAAUGAUGCGUGGAAUGCGGCUCAUUACAAUCUGAGAUUUCUCACCGAUCUGGUGAAUUGCCACGUGGUGGCCGCCAAUUCUCUGCUGCAGCUGCUGGAUAAUAUGUUGGAUGUCGCCAAGGAGGAAGGGGGGCCCAGUGUAUUUACUCAUUCAUUCAUCUAUUUACGGCAGUUGUAGUGGAAGUAGUAGUAGAAGUAGUUCAUUCAUAAAAUUUCAUUCAGUGAACUGAGAGUCAUGUCAAUCCAUAAACUCUAUGUGAAUCAAGAAUAAAGAAUGUUUUAUUGUCACAAUAGUAUAUUUCGCACCUAG